AAAAAGGCAGCAAUCAUAACCAUCAAAAGCCCUCUCCUCUCCUCCAAUUCCCUCUUACUUUCCAAAAACACUUAAAACCAAACCCUACAAACCAAAAUAAAACAGAUUUCGUCGCUAUAGCUUUAAGCUUUCUUUUUAGCGAUGAAAAUUCCCCUUCACCACCUGAAAAACAACACCAACACUCGAGACAACGGAUUCCACACCAGCAACAGUGCUCCAAAUCUCUGCUACGAGCCCACCUCCGUUCUUGAUCUCCGGCGAAGCCCAAGUCCUGGUUCCGGCCACCCAGUCUCGUCGUCUUUGACUGAUCCUUCUCUUGAUCAGUGGGAUGAACACGUCUUACAGAAUUUCGACUGGGAUUCCAUCAUGAAAGAAUUGGAUUUUCACGACGAUUCUGCUCCUCAGCUCAAGAAUUUUCAUCAAGUUACUUACCCUAAUAAUAAUAGUAAUCUCUCGUCGGAGUUUCUCGCGACGCCCACCAACGGCGACGCUCCUCCGUUGCUGCUUAAUCAUCCUGAUUUUAGUGAUGUAUGCUUCAACGUACCAAAUUUUCAGAAUUCGAAUUCCCUUGAUUUGUCUCAUAAUAUUGGAAACUGGAAUAAAGUUGGAUUCGAUCUUAUUCAAGAACUUAUACGAGCAGCGGAUUGUAUAGACUCCAACGAGUUACACCUCUCCAACGUUAUACUAGAACGUCUCAAUCUCCGGCUACAAUCCCCCGUCGGAAAACCUCUACAACGAGCCGCUUUCUUCUUCAAAGAAGCUCUUCAGAAUCUCCUCACCGGUAACUCAACUCAAAUCCAAACUCGCUUAACUUCGUGGCCGGAAGUUGUUCAAACCAUAAAAGCUUAUAAAGCCUUCUCAGGUAUUUCUCCGAUUCCGAUGUUCAAUCACUUUACAGUUAACCAAGCACUACUUGAAACCUUAGAAGACUCGCCGCCGUUCAUUCAUGUGAUCGAUUUCGAUAUCGGACUCGGUUGUCAGUACGCUUCGUUCAUGAGAGAACUCGUGGAGAAAACCGAGAGCUUUUGUAAUAAAAUUACGUCUCCGGUUCUUAGAAUUACUGCUAUAGUUACUGAAGAUUACGCAAUCCAGACACAGUUGAUUAAACAGUGUCUGUACAAUCUUGCAGUUGAGUUAAAGAUUAGGUUUCAGAUUGAGUUUGUUCUUGAUCGUACGUUUGAAAUGGUGUCGUUUAAGUCAGUUAAGUUCAUUGAAGGAGAGAACGUUGCUGUUAUUUUAUCUUCAGCUUUUUUCCGACGUCUGGGAUCAAGUAAUAAUAUCAUUGACUCGUUUGUGUCUGAUCUCCGGCGAGUUUCGCCGGCGGUUGUAGUUGUGGUAGAUAAUGAAGGGUUUGGAGAAGCGGGAACAGCGUCGUUUAGGAGGAAUUUUGUUAAUGCUCUCGAGUUUUAUUCUAUGAUAUUUGAGUCACUUGAUGCCGCGACGGCAGGUGGCGGUGGUGGUGGAGAUUGGGCAAGAAAAAUAGAGAUGCUUUUGUUGAAACCGAGAAUAUUUGACGCCGUUGAAGGUUGCCGGAGAAGAGUGUCACCGCCGUGGAAGGAGGUGUUUUAUGGAGCGGGAAUGAGGAUGGCGGCGUUUAGUCAGUUUGCUGAUUUUCAAGCUGAGUGUUUGCUUGGCAAGGUUCAGGUUAGAGGAUUCUACGUGGCGAAACGACAGGCUGAGUUGGUGCUUUGUUGGCAUGAGAGGUCCUUAAUCGCCACGUCAGCUUGGAAAUGUUAGAGCUUAAUUAACAUUGGUUGGGGUUUAUCUGUGUUAAUCAUGAUAAUUAAUUAAUUAAUAGGUCUAGGGGUAUUUUUGGGAUAUGAUAAUGUGUCAUUCCAAAAUAACCUAAAGUUUUUAUUUUAGUUGGUAGCUCUAUUUUUUGGGUUGGUGUGGCGCUACAAAGAAAGUGAGGCUAGGAGGUUUUUAGCAACUCUUCUUUGCCUGUCUUAAUGUGUAAUUUACAUGCAAGUACUUUUGCAUGCAAUCUACAUAAAUAUUUAAAGCAA